ACGUCAUUACGUUUACGAUAUGAUUCAAAUGUGAAAUACAAUUUUUCCUUCGUAUCACGUAGAAAGAUAACACAAAUAGGAUCCUGUGGGGGUAGGAUGACAGCCUACGCGAACUUUCAGCAAUACGAUUUAAUGGACUCCGAGGGUUAUGGAUCAGCGAGUAGUCCUGAAUCGAAUCCGCGAGUCUCUUGGCCUCAUCAAGAGGUUUAUCCUCAGCCACCAAGAUCACGAGGCAGUAGUUGUGGUAGCGUUAGCUCGUUGGACAGUCACAAUCAUCAGGAAUAUCAAGAGAUCGGUGCUUUGAAUGGUGCUUUUCACGUUACCACUACGGCAACCUUUAAUUUCGCUGAAUUUUAUGAAGGUUAUUACAAGGAAGGUUAUAGAAACGAUCAUCAAACGCAAACUAUGAUAGGAAAUCCAAAGGAACGUACGAAGAUCGUAUUCAGAACGAACGAUCAUCAUCAACGUCUCGAAGAAAUCUAUCAGGCUCCUUUGAACAGUACAACGACAUUUAACAACGAAACGUUCCCGAGCAAACAGGAAUCCGGUUACGCGCCAAAAAUGGAACAUCAUCCCACGAGCGUUGUCUUUGGGAACGACAGGUGCGAGUUCUCGCAAAAGCAGGAUACUUUUUUUGUUGCAAAGGCCUAUGCUAUUGCAAAAAGUAACGGUCUUACUCACUCCGGAAGUAACGACAGUGGACCAGACGUUGGUCCUUACGGUCAAAGGCCAGAGGUCCUUUACUUUGGUAGUACCUGUACCAUGCAGAGAAAGGACGGUUGUGCUACGAGCAAUCAGACAACAAUCGAAAACGAUCAGAUUAGGUAUCAUCAUCAAAGGAACGAAUCUUUUCGUAAUACGGAUUAUACCGAACAUAAGGACAAGGAAUCCGUGCAAAAGAUGAAGAAUGGUACUGCACCGGGUGUCGAAGUGCUUAGGAGAAGAAGAUUGGCAGCUAACGCCAGAGAGAGAAGGAGAAUGAAUAGUUUAAACGAUGCCUUUGAUAGGUUACGUGACGUCGUUCCUAGUUUAGGUAACGAUAGGAAACUCAGCAAGUUUGAAACAUUACAAAUGGCACAGACUUACAUAGCUGCGCUCUAUGAACUUUUGCAAAGAGAAUGA